AUGUACCUAAGCUUGGCGGGAUUUUCUGAGCAUUUCCUCCAUGUCAACUGUAGAGGCAGCUGGUCGUACCGCAUUGAUUCCCGCUCCUUCCUGAUUUUGUUCUUCCCCAAUCGCAAGUGCGGCUCGGAACCGUGUGCGUGCGCAUGGCUCUCCUCUUCAAUUCUUCUGGUCCGAAACCGGCGCCAGCCUCCCUCCGAUAGCCUCGUCAAGCCGCCUGAGGUACCCGCAAGCUUUUGUCAGCACGAACCAAACGACAACCAUUUGACGCGGCUAUCCACCUUGGCCACGAUGCUGAGUCACUCUCUCAUUGUGUCUGCGAUUUUCGCCGCCAUUGUGGUUGCCGGCACCGUUCCUGGCUCUCCCGUGGCCUGCCCAGAUGCCAAACGAGAUGCCAUCCUGCGAGGAGAUCUCAACCCCGAAGCCUGCUGUAGCUACGGCGUUUGCAAAAACACAGUCGUGGUCCGGAUGAGCUAG